AUGGGAACACAUUUCGCGGCCUCCGAAUUGGCAAUUGAUUAUUCCAAUCACAGCACACAUGAGUUCGUAACCAGACUUAUGAACUCCACUCUUCAGGAACGACAUGUAGAUCCGAACUGGCACUACGAUGGACAUCGCAUCACUGACAAGACAGUCCUCGAGGUUAAAUUCAUUUCCAGUCCCAAACGCCGAACCACAUGGCCCAGGGACUACUGGUUCAGGCCUCGUUAUACGCAACAAUAUCCUAUCCAGAUACGUACGACGGUCCAUGCUGACUUAGCUGGUCUGGCCAGGAGGUACGGCGCUAGUAUCAAUGACAUCCACAGCUUCAUGCGCUUCCCUCCUGUCAGGGCAGUUGUGCGAACCCUCCUGAUCGAGCUAGAGAGGCCAGAAGCCCAGAGCGGCCAGCAGCCAAAUGAUACCAUGAUCGUUGAUCGUGUCAACGAGGCUAUUCUUAGCACGUCACGAUCUGAACGACACAUUCUACUCACGCAGAUGACGCAAACCGGGCUGUCAGAUUUCGCUGACAGAGCUCUCACAAUGUGUCUCAUCAAGCUGUACGUUCACUACGAGACUUGGAACCGCUGGGAGUUCGGGCAUGGCGACCAGCGCCCCGUAGUCACGAUACUGACUUCGAUCGUCGGUCUCUUCUGCAACGCCUGGGUCAACGCCCCUGAAAUCAGCCUCACCUGGGGCCAUCUUACAAGAACUCUUCUCCCCACAUUUCCCUACAGCGAUGUCGUCGCCCGCGACGGGAACCUAACCAGAACAUGCCUCACCCCCGAAAUCUGGCUGGAGUGGUCCCUGAUGUACGACCCCUGGAUCAGAAGAACUGACUCCAUACAGCUCCUCUCACCUCAGGACGUCGAGGCCGCAACUCCCUGCCCGAAACCUCCAGUUUACAUCGCGGCGGUCUCCGAGCCGGAAGCAGACAGGGAAGGACGUGUCGUGGUGAAGUAUCAAAGCAAGCCCGACGAAGAGCGUUGGUCGUUCAAGGCCAUCCUCGAUUCCAAGUGGGCAGGUAAAUCACCCAGGACAGGACUACAGUAUCUCGUCGGCUGGGAAUAUGCUGAGCCCACGUGGCAGCCUGCCAGAGACCUGCAGGGCUGUGAGCCGUGGGUUCUGGAGUUUCAUCGAUCCAACCCUCACAAGGCCGGCCCGAUGCCCAAGUUGAAGCGCCUCCUUUGA